UGUUCGUAGAAAACAGAGCACACUUGUUGUUAGAAAACAGAGCACAACUGUUGUUUAGAAAAUAGAUUACGGUAUGGUAGAAGAUGAAAGAUUGACUACAACAACAUAGCAGAGAGAGAGAGAGAGAGAGAGAGAGAAAGAGAACUGAAGGCUGAAGAUGAGGAGGAACGAAGAACCCAAAAACCCUAGGUCUGACGUCUGAUGUCGGCUGCUUUCUAUUGCACAGAAGUUGUAAAUCCCUCCUCUCUUGCCAGAUGAUCAAGUGAACCUCAUUUUACAUCUUUUCCAAGUGAAGAUGAAGGCAACACAGCUCCAUGAUUUGUAGAAACACAAUUGCUACAUUUGGUUACUCACCCUCUCUCUGUCUUCCUAUCCACUGAAGGAAUCAGUACACUUUCGAUUCCCGUAUGGAAACUGGUCUUCAAGGCUUCCACGAAGACACAAGCUUCUUGUCCACUCUACCCAAAACAAAAUGGAAGUUGGGGGGAGACAUGACUAUCCUCCAAUGGAAGGGCUUCUGGCUUCUGCCUGAUGUUGUAAAAUCUGUGAUUUCCAUUGAAAAUCACUUCAAUCCCAUCCCAUCUGAUAUACUCCUUGUUUCGUUCCCUAAAACCGGUACGACAUGGCUAAAAGCUCUCACCGCUACAAUACUUGGCCACAGUUCAUAUCCAAAGAGCCAUUCCCGAACCGAUCCACUGCAAACCCGAAGCCCCCAUGAACUCAUCCCCUUUCUCGAAUUGGAGACUUUCGGGCAAAACCAACCUCGAGAUAUUAACCAAUUUCCUUCUCCGAGGGUGUUCAGCACCCAUUCCCCUUACUCAGCAUUGCCCGAAUCGAUAAAGAACUCCGGUUGCCGUAUCAUCUACAUCUCUCGAAAUCCAGCUGAUGCUUUUGUUUCCGGUUGGCAUUUCUUUAAAAGGAUGUUUGGCAGCGAAAUCCCGUUGGAAGAGGCUUUUGAUGACUUCUGUAAGGGAACUGUUCCGAGAGGUCCAUUCGUGGACCAUGUGUUAGAGUAUUGGCUUCAGAGAGAGAAAGAGAAUGUGUUGUUCGUAACGUAUGAGGAGUUGACGGAGGACCCGAAUGUGCACGUGAGGAGAAUCACCGAGUUCUUGGGAUGUAGCUUGAGUGCUGAUGAGGUUGAGCAAGUGGUGUGGAAGUGCAGCUACGCGAGGCUUAGUAAAUUGGGCGUUAAUAAUGGGGACGAAGAAAGAGUCAAUUUUUCGGGGAUGAAGUUGAGUUCGUUUUUCCGGAGCGGAGUUGUCGGAGAUGGGAAGAAGCUUUUGAGUCCUGAGAUGGUGGAAAGGAUUGAAACUCUCGCAAAACAGAAGUGGGAAGGCUCUGGUUUGGAACUUAAAAUGUUCGUCGCUUAUCGAGCCUAAUUCCGUGAAAUCAUUGGAUGAAAAUUCAAGUCGAAUAUGGGAGUACCAUCCAAGUGUGUGUUGUGUAUGUACAAGCAUGAAAAAAUUUCAGUGCGGGUGGAUAUCACAUGGUGUCCGCUCGGCGCAUCUGAGUCGUCUAUUGUGUUUUUGGACGGCUCGGAUUUUAAGAAAAAAAAAGGAGAAAUUGUUGGGUGAGCAAAGAGAGAGGGUUUCAAUCCGAACAGUCUAAAAGUGUAUUAGCGGCCCAGAUGUGCCGAUCGGGUAGCACAUGGGAUAUACCCACCCGGCACUGAAAAAUUUCUCGUACAAGCAUUUGUAUAUGUAAUAAAGUUUGUGUUCCUCCGCUGCAUGUGUGCUCAACAAAUCUAGCUACACUAUGCCUAUUUUACAUGGAAAAAAGAAAAUUUUCAAUUGUUUUCCGG